UCAGCAAGGCGUAGGAUGAUCUCCCCAGGUUGUACAUCACCUGAGUGGACUGUCACUUGGACCCAUGUAACUCAGCCAAAGCCACGGAUUGGUGUGGCCAUCGGUGACCAAAUCUUGGACCUCAGUGUCAUUAAACACCUCUUCACUGGGCCUGUCCUCUCCAAACACCAGCAUGUCUUCGAUGAGACAACUCUCAACAGCUUUAUGGGCCUGGGCCAAGCGGCCUGGAAGGAGGCAAGAACAACCUUGCAGAACUUGCUGUCUGCCAGCCAAGCCAGGCUGAGAGAUGACAAGGAGCUUCGGCAGCGUGCAUUCACCUCCCAGGCUUCUGCCAAGAUGCACCUUCCUGCUACCAUAGGAGACUACACAGACUUCUACUCCUCCCGGCAGCAUGCCACUAAUGUUGGCAUCAUGUUCAGGGGCAAGGAGAAUGCGCUGAUGCCCAACUGGCUCCACUUACCUGUGGGAUACCAUGGCCGGGCUUCCUCCAUCGUGGUAUCUGGCACCCCAAUCCGAAGACCCAUGGGACAGAUGAGACCUGAUAACUCCAAGCCUCCUGUGUAUGGUGCCUGCAGACUCCUGGACGUGGAGUUGGAAAUGGCUUUCUUUGUAGGCCCUGGGAACACAUUCGGAGAGCCAAUCCCUAUUUCCAAAGCCCACGAGCACAUCUUCGGGAUGGUCCUCAUGAACGACUGGAGUGCCCGAGACAUCCAGCAGUGGGAGUACGUCCCCCUUGGGCCGUUCCUGGGGAAGAGCUUUGGAACCACCAUCUCCCCGUGGGUGGUGCCCAUGGAUGCCCUCAUGCCCUUUGUUGUGCCCAACCCGGAGCAGGACCCCAAGCCCUUGCCGUAUCUCUGCCACAAGCAGCCCUACACAUUUGAUAUCAACCUGUCAGUUGCCUUGAAAGGAGAAGGAAUGAGCCAGGCGGCUACCAUCUGCAGGUCCAACUUUAAGCAUAUGUACUGGACCAUGCUGCAGCAGCUCACACACCACUCUGUUAAUGGCUGCAAUCUGAGACCUGGGGACCUCCUGGCUUCUGGAACCAUCAGUGGAUCGGAACCUGGAAGCUUUGGCUCUAUGCUGGAACUGUCCUGGAGGGGAACAAAGGCAAUUGAUCUAGGCCAGGGGCAGACCAGGACCUUCCUGCUGGAUGGUGAUGAAGUCAUCAUAACAGGUCACUGCCAGGGGGACGGCUACCGUGUUGGUUUCGGCCAGUGUGCCGGGAAGGUGCUGCCUGCCCUCUCGCCAGCCUGAGGCUCCAGAAGCCACAGGCCACAGCCUGGCCUGCCGGGGACAAUGCUGCAGCUGCCCUCCAUGCAGGAAUGAAUAAAGCCAUUUUGCUUGUAGGAAGCGCCA